AUGGCUAGACUGAAACAAGCGAAAGAAGAAGCUGAGAAGGAGAUCGCCGCCAUUCGUGCUCAAAUGGAAGCUGAGUUCCAGAGAAAGGUCGCAGAGAGUAGUGGAGACUCGGGUGCUAAUGUGAAGCGUCUUGAACAAGAAACGGAAGCAAAGAUCCAUAAUCUGAAAGCAGAGGCUGAACGAAUUUCCCAUGAUGUUGUCCAGAUGCUUCUGAAGCACGUGACAAGUGGGAGAGGGGGGUUUGGGUGUGUUGCCCGAACCCAUCCCGUGGCACCUUCAAAGCAAAACAACAGUGGCAUGUUUGGAUAUUUUGGAUUCUAUUUGAGUUUUGAGAUGUCUUUGCUAAACGAAAUUGAUUGUAAUCAAUUCUUGGAAAUGCAAGAGCCCAGCAUCGACACCGAUAAGCUCAGCUAUGAAAUUUUCUCAAUCCUCGAAAGCAAAUUCCUCUUCGGCUACGACGAUCGGAAACUCUGGAUUCCCAAACAGAUUUCUCCCACCGUCGAACAACCAAAUUUAGAAGUCGUAUUUCAACAAACGGCGACCGAUAAUGGCGUUCAAGCUAUCAAGAACCAGAGAGGCAAAAUCUGCAUACUCAGCAUCGACGGUGGUGGAAUGCGAAACAUUCUACCAGGUAAAGUCCUAGCCUUCCUCGAACACGCGUUGAAGCGAAAAUCGGGAAAUCCUGAUGCCAGAAUCGCUGAUUAUUUCGACGUCGCCGCUGGUUCCGGGGUGGGAGGCAUUUUUACGGCGAUGCUAUUUGCCACCAAAAAUCACAACCGUCCAGUUUUCCAUGCGGAGGACACUUGGAAGCUGUUGGCAGAACAAGGAAAACGAUUCUACAAGUCAUCUAGUUCAAGUUCUGGCGGUAAAAGCUUUCUCCGGCGAAUUUUUCGAGGUGCAGGUGGUGGCGACGCCAGUUCAGCCACAGCCGGUUUAGAGAAAGUAAUGAAGGGGGUGUUUACAGAAAACGGCCGGAGUUUGACGUUGAAAGACACGUUGAAGCCGGUUUUGAUACCGUGCUAUGAUCUCUCUUCAACGGCGCCGUUUUUGUUCUCUCGAGCCGACGCUCUGGAAACGGACAGCUUCGACUUCAGGCUCUGGGAGGUUUGCCGAGCCACCUCAGCCGAUCCGGCUUUGUUCGAACCGGUUUUCAUGAAGUCCGUCGACGGUCAGACUCGUUGCGUGGCCGUCCACGGCGGCUUAGCCAUGAGCAACCCCACGGCAGCGGCUAUUACCCACGUGCUCCAUAACAAGCAGGAGUUUCCGUUCGUGCGUGGCGUGGAGGACCUUUUGGUACUUUCUCUUGGCUCCGGUCAGCUUCUGGAGUGUAGCUUCGACUACGAUCAAGUCAAAAGCUGGAAAGCCAAGGACUGGGCUAAGCCGCUGGGUCGUAUUUCGGCUGAUGGCUCGGCGGAUCUGGUAGACCACGCCGUGGCUAUGGCCUUUGGUCAUAGCCGUAGCAGUGAUUACGUCCGUAUCCAGGUCAGCAUCCCUUCUAACUGGCCCCACAUUGUCUGCAUGGCUUUAAUUGUGUUUCGUUUUGAUAUGCUAAAUUGGGAGAAUUAG